AUGCCGCUUCUAAAGUUCACGUUGAGCGAGGAAGGUGUUGGCGCUUUACGUGAGGCCCUAGCAUGUCUCAACAAGUUUGGCGAAGAAGUUUCACUUGAAGCCACAAAGGACAAGCUUGACUUUACUGCAAUGAACUCAUCCAAGUCAGCAUACGCUAAAUUCUCCUUCGCAACCAACCGAUUUUUCUCUCGUUAUCAAUAUGAAGGUGCUCCGCCGAACAGAAACAAAUUCUACUGUAAAUUGUACAAUCGGGCUCUUCUGUCCCUCUUCCGUGCCCGCAGCGGAGAUCCCACACAUGAGCAUGAGAAGGACACCACGAUUGAGCGUUGUGAUGUUGCUAUUGAAGACGAGGCGGGGAGGAACAGCAGAUUUAUUGUCAAGAUUAUCUGCAGAAACGGCAGCCUUUUCCUAACAAAAGCCCUAGGUAUGACCACCAAGUAUCGUCUGCCAUUCGAGGUCAGCGCUCCUGUCCACGCAAAAUUCAAUAUGGAGGAAGCACCGAAUGAAUGGAAAAUGGCAUCUCGUACAUUGCGACAACUUAUGGACCACUUUGGACCUGGUAUCGAAUACCUCGAUAUUCAUGCCGACGAUGAUCAAACUGUCAAUUUCACCUGCUAUACUGAGAAGGUUGCACACGGUGAUGAGGUCCUCAAGAAACCAUUGCAUACAUCGAUCGCUGUUGAACGAGAUGAGUUUGAAAAGUUUGAGGUGGCAGAAGACAGCAUACAUGUUGUGGUGAGUGUGAAGGAUUUCCGAGCUAUUACACAGCAUGCAGCUCCGCUCAACAGUGAGAUCACAGCAAGCUACUCUUUGCCAUCACGGCCAAUGCAGAUCAGUUACGAAGGGGAUGGUCUCAAAUGCAAGUUCCUGCUCAUGACAGUUGGAGACCGCGGGGUUCCUGGCCAGAAGGGCAAGAAGUCCAGAGCCAAUGUCAAAGGGCCUAAGCUGCCACAGCUUGAAGCUUCAGCUAGUCGCGCAACUUCACAUGCGCCUAGUCCCGCACCACAACCGGCAUCCUCGCGGCAAGAGAGACCCAUGCCCUCAUUACGUCCGUCCAAUUCAAGAGUAUCUGAACGCCCUCCUCCUCCAGCUUUCGACGACGAGGACUCGUUGUUUGUACCUCAGGACAAUGAUAACCAGUGGGAGCCGGUAAACCUCAACGAGGAUGAGGAUGAAGAAGAGGAAAGCGCUCGAUUGGAAUGGAGCGCAAGUGCGCAACCGGUCAGUAGUUGUCAUCACGGGCGUCAUGUCCGGCAAGAUUCUAAUUGUAAACAGAACGCGUCCGUCUCUGCCAUCAAUAUCCGAUCAGCCAUGACUCAGCAGUCUGUCGGCGAGAGCGGCUUGAUGUCUAAAGGAUCCAAUGGUAUACCCACACCCUCAGGUUUUGAACCAACACAGCGCCUCUCAGACGUUCGAAAGUACGGCCUGUUUGGCGAAUAGGAUGCCUGGAAGUAGGCUCAUCUGUUUUCUUCGCCAGUGUUCAUGGGCCACGUAUUGUAUUU